AUGGAAAAAAGUAAAAAUGAGCAUGACCAGGCAGAUGAUACUAAGAUUUAUUGUGCCACAAGAGAAGGGAUGAUACUAGGAGGCAGAUCUAAUUCAAGAUCAUUGCCAUUCAAUGGUGGCGAUGAACCAAGUGAUAUAAAUGAAGACAACAACCAUCAGAGUCAGCAAACAGCUACCUUUAAAGUGAACAAAAAUACUCUUUCUGGAUACCCCAGUACUCUAUCAGAACAAAUCCCAAGGAAUCAGAAUCAUAACCCUUAUUCUAAUUUACAUAGCAGCUUACCAAACAUACUGCCAAUUAGAGGGUAUACUUCAGAUGCAAAAGCAUCAGAUGCUGACGAUGAUAAAGAUAAGUUAAUAGAUGAUCUUACAAGAAGAAUUGACUUUCUUUAUAAAAUUGUCAAUGGUUAUGCAAAGGAAUUUAAACUAUUAUAUGAACAAGUAGAAGCAAUAAAACCUAAAGAAGGGUGCAUAGAGACUUCCGAAGAAUCCAAGGUAAUAGAUAGCGAAGAGAAAUAAUGAUGACAACAUGGGAAAACCUGUUGCAGAAGAUACCCUUAUGGACCUGCUCGAAUGUAUUAACAAGAUCAAACAAAAGACAGAUAAAUUAGACAAAAAGGCGAAGGAAGGUGGUUUCGCUAGCUCUGAAGUUAGAUUUCAGUCAAAUAGUAGAGAAGAAAAUUAGCUUCAGAAGAACAGUGAAGAGAGAAAGAGAUUCCAACCCUAUGCUUUAUCAAAAUGAUGAUAAUUCAGGCUUGGAUGGCAUUCUUUAGUGCAAAAUAUGAGAUAUACUGUGCAAAACUUCCUUUUUCUCUAUCGUUUCUCCAAGAAUCUUC